AUGCUUACCCAGACGCUCCUCAAGUUCUUGGCCCUCGCUGUCGCCGUGUCUGCGAUCCAGAUCCAGAGCGCGGACCCCAGCAUCUUCGACGCGAAACGAGUCGCAUGCGUCGCCGUCAAAGAGAACCGCGAGGCGGCCCCCGUGACCCUGCAGAACUGCCUACCCGGCGGCGACGCCGCCAGCUACGACUGGGCCAUCCCCCUCGAGUCCGGCAAGCCCAACGGCGCGCAGCAGAUCAGGAUCUUCGGCGACCAGUGCCUCGAGGUCAAAGACAGUCUGGACGAGGAGGGGCAGGCGGUCCAGAUCGGGCCCUGCUGGCCCGGGCGCGUCAGCGAGAACGACAACCAGCUCUGGACCUUCGACAAGUACUCCCACUUCCGCUGGGGCAACACCAACAGCUGCCUCGACCUCGCUAGCACGCAGAACGGGGCGGCCCUCGUCCUGAACCCUUGCUACACGCGCAGCACGACCCAGGGCUGGACACUCAAGUUGUAA